CUUCCCGUCUGUCCCCGCGCAGCCUGUGACACUCCUUGGACCGCGAGUGCGGAGCGGGGUUUCUACAGCCGCGCCUCUCUUUCUCGGACCUGGCCCUGGACCCGGCCCCAAACUCGAACUCGGCUCCAUCAUGGAGGAGGCGGACCGAAUCCUCAUCCAUUCCCUUCGCCAGGCGGGCACGGCAGUUCCUCCAGAUGUGCAGACCCUACGAGCCUUCACCACUGAGUUGGUUGUAGAAGCUGUGGUCCGUUGCCUGCGUGUGAUCAAUCCUGCCGUGGGCUCUGGCCUCAGCCCCCUGCUCCCUCUGGCCAUGUCUGCCCGUUUCCGCCUGGCCAUGAGCCUGGCUCAGGCCUGCAUGGACCUGGGCUAUCCCCUGGAGCUUGGCUAUCAGAACUUCCUCUACCCCAGUGAGCCUGAUCUCCGGGACUUGCUUCUCUUCUUGGCUGAGCGUCUUCCCUCUGAUGCCUCUGAGGAUGCAGAUCAGCCUGCAGGUGACUCAGCUAUCCUUCUCCGGGCCAUCGGGAGCCAAAUCCGGGACCAGCUGGCCCUGCCCUGGGUCCCUCCCCUCCUUCGCACUCCCAAGCUACAGCAUCUCCAGGGCUCCGCCUCCCAGAAGCCUUUCCACACCACCAGGCUGGCCAUGCCUGAGUUGAGUUCCAGAGGAGAGUCCUGGGAGUUCCAGGCGAGCCCUCUGCUGCCACCAGCGCCUACCCAGGUGCCCCAGCCCACUGGGAGGGUGGCCUCACUCCUCGAACACCAUGCCAUCCAGCUCUGCCAGCACAUGGGCCGGGAGCACCCUGGGGAUGAGGACUGGGUCCACCGGGCACCCCGCCAUCCCACUCAGGAGGACACACGGGCUCUGCGGCAUCGGCUGCAGAAGCACCUGGCCGAGCAUCUGCGCCAGACCUGGGGCCGGCUGGGCACCCCGCCACAAGCCCGAGACCUGGGAGAGCUGCUGCAAGCCUGGGGCGCCGGGGUCCGGACUGGUGCUUCCAAGGGCUCCCGCUUCACACACUCAGAGAAGUUUACCUUCCAUCCUGAGCCUGAGGCCCAGGCAGCCCAGGUGUCUGAUGUGCUGGCCACCUCCCAGCAGCCUGAACAGGACACACGGGCAGCUCAAGAACUGGAGCUGGAGUCUCUUCAGGAACAGUUGGAGGGAGUGAAAUGCAACAUUGAAGAGGUUGAAGCCAACAUGAAGACCCUGGGAAUCAGCCUUGUGCAGGUGGAGACGGAGUGUCGGCAGAGCGAGCUGAGCACGGCGGAGCGUGAGCAGGCCUUGCGCGUGAAAAGCCGGGCUGUGGAGCUGCUGCCUGAUGGGGCUGCCAACCUUGCCAAGCUGCAGCUCGUGGUGGAGAGUAGUGCCCAGCGGGUGAUCCAUUUGGCGGGUCAAUGGGAAAAGCAUCGGGUCCCUCUCCUGGCUGAGUACCGCCACCUCCGAAAGCUCCAGGAUUGUAGAGAGCUGGAAUCUUCUCGACGGCUGGCAGAGAUCCAGGAGCUGCACCAGAGUGUUCGGGCGGCUGCUGAAGAGGCCCGCAGGAAGGAGGAGGUCUAUAAGCAGCUGGUGUCAGAGCUGGAGACCCUGCCUCGAGACGUGUCCCGGCUGGCCUAUACCCAGCGCAUCCUGGAGAUUGUGGGCAACAUCCGAAAGCAGAAGGAAGAGAUCACUAAGAUCUUAUCGGACACAAAGGAACUUCAAAAGGAAAUCAACUCCUUGUCUGGGAAGCUGGACCGGACAUUUGCAGUGACUGAUGAGCUUGUGUUCAAGGAUGCCAAGAAGGAUGAUGCAGUUCGGAAGGCAUACAAGUAUCUAGCUGCCUUGCAUGAGAACUGCAGCCAGCUUAUCCAGACCAUCGAGGACACAGGCACAAUCAUGCGGGAGGUUCGAGACCUUGAGGAGCAGAUCGAGACGGAGAUGGGCAAGAAGACCCUCAGCAACCUGGAGAAGAUCCGUGAGGACUACCGAGCCCUUCGCCAGGAGAAUGCUAGCCUCCUGGGGCGAGUCCGUGAGGCCUGAGGAGCCCCCAGCACAGGUCUCCUUCUGGCCUUAGGCAGAGAUCGAGGAUGUUGGGGGCCAUGGCCAAGUGCUUGCCCUAGCCAUUCCCUCUGUUGGCUGUGGACUUGGCCCCAGGACCCUUGCUCACCUGACCCCAACCCUUAUCUGGGGUGAUCGUCCAGAGUGUAGGAAUUUGGCUGUAGUUUAUUGGGGUUAGGGCCUUGGAUCCCAAAUAAACGAGGGGCUCUGUCUGCA